AUGGGACAAGCGGUUCAGAAACUGUGUGUGUGUGUGUGUGUGUGUUCUGUUUAACGAACUUGUGCGGGAGAAUAUAGGCCUACAGGACGUGUGUUUGAGCCUAAGGCCGGCUGACUGCGCUGUGGUUAUUGAUGCUGCACCUCCAAGUCUCAUUUAAUCUAAAUAUGUAUGACUAUGAAGCUCCUGGGCCUGGCUUAAUUAUUAUUGCCUUACACUAGAGUACAUCCACAUCUCAGAUAACUGCUGCUUUCACCUUCACGCUAAAAAAAUAAAAGUAACAUUGCUUUCACUAAACCGUCUGGAAGCACAACUUCAUAUGUGCGCGAGCUCGGGAAAAAUACUGUAAAUACUAGUACUACAGUAAACCAGUCUCACUAGAGCCUACGGGCCCCACUCAGCGAGCGAAGUAAGUGCGGCACGCCGUAAAUGGCGUGUCUGGUGACGUCAUAACGCCGACGUGCGCGCUCCGACCGGAACAGGAAGUGACCGGGAAGCGGAGACGAGGCAGUACUGUGAGUAAACGCGGAACGAAAAGAAGGAGGGAGGCAGACGGGGUAAAACCAGGUAAUACGGAGCGGAAAGAAACAAAGGAGGCGAGAAGCAGAAGGUGUGUAGAGCGUCCCAAGGCGCCCGCCCGCCCGCUAUGGCCCGGAGCCCGGCCACGACGCCGUGCGUCCCUCUCAACUUAGUGCCGCUCCUGCUCCUCCUCUUCUUCGUCCUCCUGCUCGGGUCCCCCUGCGGCGCGCGCAAACACCGGCUCCUGCUCAAGAAUGAGACGCGCUAUGUGGUCCACCUGAACACCUUUGGAUUCUUUGCCAACGGGACGCUGGAUGUCCACCUGCAGGCACUCUCUUUGCCCAGGGAGAAAGAGAUGGACUUCAGUAAGCACCAGGUGGGGUUUAGCCUGGUGCGUUCCCAGGUGAACAGAGACGUGUUUUCCUACACCACAGGGGAUGCAAAAGUUUGCCAGCUGACAAAGACCAGCAGCGUGGAGCCACUCCUGCUCUUUGUCAUCGACAUCAAGAACACCAGAGUGAAUGUGACAUCCUUGGGGCAGCAGGACAACAUACUAGCGGCGCUGGAGAAGAUGGAGCCCACAGGCUCAGGCAGCAGACGGAGGAGGGAGGCAGAUGCAGGGGUGGGGAACAUGGGCCACAACUCAGACAACCUCCAGACCAGUGGCAGCCAAUCAGGGACAGUGAUAAAAGCACUGCCUGAUGGAAUGGCCUUUGUGAGCCAGCCGAGCAGCAAGAACAGGACGCUGGCCCUGCAGAAGAUUGGGAACAGCUACAACUUCAGUUUCCACCUGAAGAUCGGCUCUAUGUCUGAGGGGCUCUACAACCUCAACUUUCACAACUGCUUCAACAGGAAUCCUCGUGGCUACCCAUACAGCCUCAGUGUAGGGAUUGUGGAGAAGAACCCCGGUGGAUACCUUUCUGCAGCCGAUAUCCCCCUGCCAUUGCUCUACAUCUCCAUGGCAGCAAUCUUCUUUAGCGCAGCCAUGGUCUGGGUUCACACGCUGCUCAAGCACAGGUUCAGCGUGUUCAAGAUCCACUGGCUCAUGGCAGCUCUGGCCUUCACCAAGUCUGUCUCACUGGUCUUCCACAGUAUAAACUACCACUUCAUCAACACUGAGGGACACCCCAUUGAGGCCUGGGCUGUCAUGUACUACAUCACACACCUGCUGAAGGGCGCCCUACUCUUCAUCACUUUGGCACUCAUCGGCACAGGCUGGGCCUUCGUCAAGUACAUCCUGUCCGACAAGGAGAAGAAGAUCUUCAUGAUUGUCAUUCCACUUCAGGUCCUCGCCAACGUCGCCUACAUCAUUAUCGAGGAGACAGAAGAGGGCUCAAGUGACUACGUUCUCUGGAAGGAGGUGCUCUUUCUCGUCGACCUGCUGUGCUGUGGCGCCAUCCUCUUCCCCGUCGUUUGGUCCAUUCGCCAUUUGCAGGAUGCCUCUGGUACCGAUGGCAAAGCUGCCAUGAACCUGGAGAAGUUGAAGCUCUUCAGGCAUUACUAUGUCAUGAUCGUCUGCUACAUCUACUUCACUCGCAUCAUCGCCAUCCUGCUCCAGGUCACCAUGCCCUUCCAGUGGCAGUGGCUCUAUGAGUUCCUGGUGGAGGUGUCCACCUUCGUUUUCUUUGUGCUCACCGGCUACAAGUUCCGUCCGGCUUCCAACAAUCCAUACCUACAGCUACCGCAGGACGAAGAGGAUGUCGAGAUGGAUGAAGUGGUCACAGAAUCGGGGGCUCUGGAGGGUGUCUCCAAGGUGAAGAAGACUUUAAAUGGGCGCGAGAGGCAGCGGGAAGUUGCCCUCUGAGUCAGUGUUGGGGGAGAGAACCUUGGUGUGGCCCCCUGCUGGCCCCAUUUCUGGCUCUGGACUCAGCCACAGCUUCUCUAUGCAAGGCCAAUAUUGGAUGUGUUCCUGGACCUUACCCACCCUCCCUGUGCUCCCAUGUUGCUGUUUUGGAAGAUGGCACCCCUUGCUGUCAGCCCCCGGCGGUACGACCUGAAGAGACAAGUGGAGACACGGGGUGCGAGACAGAGGGACACACUAGACACUUCCUGAGCUGGAUUCCAAAAACUCCCUUCAUUCUGGCCCUUGAUUCAUAUGGAAAUAGUGUGUUUAUUUAAAUUCAGUUUUUUCCUUUGUUUGAGCUCUUUUAGUGCUUCUGGUGUGCGUGCGUGCAUGCGUGUGUGUGAGAGAGGGCAUGCAUGCUUGUACGUGUACCGGGCUUGCGAAAAGCCUCCUGUAUACCGCUGGGGUUGCCGGUCUCCAUGGAGAUGGCGUAACUCACCUCAGUCUGGGUGGGCUGGCUUUCGGUUCUUUGACUUUAGGGACACGUUUAUUUUUGUUUAUCUUCUGGAGCAGAAAGAAUUGGGGCUGCAAGCCCAAGGCUCGGAUGGCCACAUGGACCCCAUGCUGAAGGAGGAGCACCAAGCAGUGUUAAAUCUACACCCGACACUUAAGUCUUGAUGUCAGUGCCCUUGGAAGCCUCAAACCACAACCUGCCUCUUACCUGGAUCCACGUUUAGCGAGCUGUGUGCACUGAGGGCAGUCAUGUGAGGGGGAGAAGGUAUGCUUAUCUCAGGCCCUGCGGAGCUCCAGUUCCAGCAGCACAGUCCUUCAGGUGACCAUAAGAAGCAUGAAGAUUUGUGGUCUCAGUGACAGGGACUCGCUGCUGCCUCCUAUUGACCAGAGGGGGAAUGGAAACGUACAUGUGAGGUGUUCGAGUCAGCUCCUGUUCAGCCCCGCUUCUCCAUGUUUCACUGCAUUGCUCUGCUUCUCUCAGAUAUUCUAUAAUCAUAACCUGUUUAAUUGUUCUGGUUGUUUCUUUUACUGCAUCUUUACAUUCGAGUUGGUUUAAUAUGCGCAGCAGUGCUGUGUGAAGUGCUGCAAUAAACAUGUUUUGG